GGCCGCCGCGGGUAACGGGGAGCCGGGCCGGGGGGAGCGGAGCGCGGCGCAGCGGGAUGGCGGCGGCCGCGGCGGCGGCGGCCCACAUGGCCGAUGUCAGCUGGAAGAUGCUGGAGCUGCGGGCUCGCUCGAAGCGCUCAGCUUAGCCUGAGACGUUUGUGAUUAGCUGCACCAAUUUGAAAUGGCCAAUUUGGAUGAUGACAGAACCUCAUCUGCGCAUGCUUUUUUAAAAUUUGAGGGUCACAGAUUGUCUGGUUCCAUUUAUGAGCCCCUUAAAAGUAUUAACCUUCCAAAACCAGAGGGGGGAAGUCUGUGGGAUAAAUUAGAUCAUUAUUACAGAAUUGUUAAGGCAACGUUGCUACUUCAUCAAAGCCCAACCACAGGUCUGUUUCCUACGAAGACAUAUGGGGAUAACCGAAAGGCAAAAGUGCAUGACAAUCUUUACUGUGCUGCAUGUUCCUGGGCGUUGGCUCUUGCUUACAGGCGUAUUGAUGAUGACAAGGGAAGAACUCAUGAACUGGAGCAUUCUGCUAUAAAGUGUAUGAGAGGAAUUCUCUACUGCUACAUGCGUCAGGCCGAUAAGGUUCAGCAGUUUAAGCAAGACCCCAAACCAUCUGAAUGUCUUCAUUCUGUUUUCAGUGCACAUACUGGAGAUGAGGUCUUCUCAGCUAAGGAAUAUGGUCAUCUUCAGAUAAACGCUGUGUCAUUAUUUCUUCUCUAUUUGGUUGAGAUGAUCUCUUCGGGGCUGCAGAUUAUCUACAACACAGACGAGGUGUCCUUCAUUCAAAAUCUUGUAUUCUGUGUGGAAAGAGCCUACCGUGUACCUGAUUUUGGUGUUUGGGAAAGAGGAAGUAAAUACAACAAUGGCAGUCCAGAGCUGCAUUCAAGCUCUGUGGGGUUGGCAAAAGCAGCUUUAGAAGCAAUUAAUGGCUUCAAUCUCUUUGGAAAUCAGGGCUGCUCCUGGUCUGUUAUAUUUGUGGAUUUUGAUGCUCAUAACCGUAACAGACAGACUCUGUGUUCAUUGCUACCCCGAGAGUCAAGGUCUCAUAAUACUGAUGCAGCUCUUCUGCCCUGUCUCAGUUAUCCUGCAUUUGCUUUGGAUGAUGAGGUUUUGUUCAAUCAAACACUAGAUAAAAUUAUUAGAAAAUUAAAAGGAAAAUAUGGGUUUAAAAGAUUCCUGAGAGAUGGAUACAGAACAGCACUGGAGGAUAAAACACGGCGCUAUUAUAAACCAGCAGAAAUAAAGCUUUUUGAUGGCAUUGAAUGUGAAUUCCCUCUGUUCUUUAUUUUCAUGAUAAUUGAUGGCGUUUUUAGAGGAAAUUUUGCACAAGUAAAGGAAUAUCAGGAUCUUCUGGAUCCUUUGCUUCAACAUACAUCUGAAGGGUGUCCUGUUGUACCCAAGUAUUACUAUGUGCCAGCUGAUUUUGUUGAACUGGAAAAGAAGAAUCCUGGCAGUCAGAAACGAUUUCCUAGUAACAGUGGACGUGAUGGAAAGUUUUUCUUGUGGGGGCAGGCAGUUUACAUCAUUGCAAAGCUCCUGGCUGACAAAUUAGUAAGUCCGAAAGAUAUUGAUCCCAUCGGACGUUAUGUACCUCCACAAGAUCAGCGGAAUGUUAGCAUGAGAUUUUCAAACCAGGGUCCUUUAGAAAAUGAUUUGGUAGUGCAUGUGGCCCUCAUAGCAGAAAGUCAACGCCUACAGGUUUUUCUGAACACAUAUGGAAUCCAAACUCAGACUCCCCAGCAGGUGGAACCAAUUCAGAUAUGGGCUCAAAAAGAACUUGUCAAAGCUUACUUCCAUCUGGGAGUCAAUGAUAAACUGGGAUUAUCCGGAAGACCGGACAGGCCUAUAGGAUGCCUUGGAACGUCAAAGAUUUAUCGAAUACUAGGAAAGACCGUAGUUUGCUACUCGAUCAUUUUUGAUCUAAGUGAUUUCUACAUGUCUCAGGAUGUUAUGAUGCUGAUUGAUGACAUUAAGAAUGCGCUGCAGUUCAUUAAGCAGUACUGGAAAAUGCAUGGUCGCCCACUGUUUGUUGUACUUAUCCGUGAAGACAAUAUAAGAGGGAGCAGAUUCAAUCCCAUAUUAGAUAUGUUGGCAGCCUUUAAAAAGGGGAUUGUUGGAGGAGUGAAAGUUCAUGUUGACAGAGUACAGACGUUGAUAUCUGGAGCAGUUGUUGAGCAACUUGACUUCCUAAGGAUCACUGAAACAGAAGAGGUUCCUGUGUUUAAGAGUUUGGAGGAGCUGGAUCUUCCAAAACAUUCAAAGGUCAAGAGACAGUCUAGUACUCCAAAUGUUUCUGAACUUGAGCAGCAACCAGACGUAAAUAUUAAUGACUGGAAAAACAAGUCAACAUACGAGAUUCUGCAGAAACUUAAUGACUGCAAUUGCCUUGCAAGUCAAGCAUUACUUUCAAGUAUAUUGCUUAAAAGGGAAGGACCGAAUUUUAUCACUAAGGAAGGUACUGUUCGUGAACAUAUUGAAAGAAUCUAUAGACGAGCUGGCAGCAAAAAACUCUGGUUGGUGUUGCGCUACAGUGCUGCAUUUGCACAGAAAUUUUCUUCUUCUAUAGCCCCACAUAUUACUACUUUACUGGUACAUGGGAAACAGGUGACACUUGGAGCUUUUGGCCAAGAGGAAGAAGUCAUUUCUAAUCCCUUAUCCCCAGCAGUCAUUAAGAACAUCAUCUAUGAAAAAUGUCAUUUACAAGAUGAAAGAGAAGCUGUGGUUCAGCAGGAACUUGUCAUCCAUAUUGGUUGGAUCAUCUCCAAUUCACCUGAACUUUUCAGUGGCAUGCUGAAGAUACGAAUUGGAUGGAUUAUCCAUGCUAUGAAGUAUGAAUUGAAAUUCCGUGCCGGAGAUAUGCCAGCCAAGGACCUGUACCAGAUGUCCCCUAGUGAAGUGAAGCAGCUUUUGCUGGAUAUUCUUCAACCACAGCAGCAGGGGAGAGGCUGGCUUAACAGACGACAAAUAGACGGUUCUCUGAAUCGAACUCCUGCUGGAUUCUAUGACAGGGUGUGGCAGAUCUUGGAGAGAACUCCUAAUGGUUUAAUAGUAGCAGGGAAAUUUUUACCACAGCAACCAACUCUAUCGGAUAUGACGAUGUACGAAAUGAAUUUUUCCCUCCUUGUGGAAGAUAUGCUGCAAAACAUUGACCAGCCAGAAUACAGGCAAAUUAUUGUAGAGUUGUUGAUGGUCAUAUCUGUUAUUUUGGAGAGAAAUCCAGAGUUAGAGUUCCAGGACAAAGUGGACUUGGACAAAGUGGUGCAAGAAGCAUUUCGUGACUUUCAGAAAGAUCACAACAGGUCAAAGGGAGCUGAGAAACAAGAUGACAUGACUGCCUUCUAUAACACUCACCCAGUCGGAAAAAAGGGAACAUGCAGCUACUUGAGUAAGGCUGUGAUCACCUUAUUGCUAGAAGGGGAAGUGAAGUCAAGCAAUGAUGAUCCUUGUACUGUUAGCUAAAGCUUCAUAUACAGCAUAGGAGUUGCUGCAUUAUAUAGGGUUCUAUGUAUUUUGCAUGCACGUAUUAAAACACUGUUUUGAAGAGUAACCCUGGCUAGGAAUACAAAUACGUAUACCAUCCUUUGCUAAAAAAGUGCCAUUAAAGACACAAAGUGCACCUUAAUUUUCCUUUCUCAACUAUGCAGCAUGAUACUGAAAGCACAUGAAGUUAGUCCUGUGAUAUCUUAAUUAAGUAGAAUGGUGUUGUACCUCUGAUAUUAAAUUUAUGCAUUUACCAUAACUGGUAUCUUAGAGAAACACAGUGUAAGAUUCUGUCCUUAUACCUCUUAUUUAUUUAUAAUUACAAACAAGUUUAUUGUAAAUUCUAAAUUAAAUUCAGAAAAUACUAUAGUUAACUAAUGCAUACCAAGCUGUGGAAAUGUGGAACCUAGAUAUUUUUUUUUUGAUUUUGGACACAAAAUAGAAGCAAGUAAAAUAAUAAAGUUGUUAUUCUUGGAAAAAAAAAAAUCAGUUCAAUUAACAGCAGGCAUUUAGUUGUUUGGGUUUUAAUUUACCACUUGAUACACAGGUUUCAUUGCAAGAGAAUGGCUUUUUUUAAGCUCUAGCAAUAAACAUCACUGUAGUUUCCCAGUUUACUUACCUGUAUAAAGGGAAACACAUGAUAACAACAUAAAUAGUUUUUAUAAAA